AAGGCUUGGUGAAACUCCAGAGAAAGACUUAAAUCAUGAAGUUAAUUGCCCUCCUUUUCCUUUGCUCCAGGCUGCUACCAACUUUACCCCAGGAGUACAACUCGCAAGAAAUUGACUGCAAUGAUGAAGACGUAUUUAAGGCUGUGGAUGCAGCUCUGAAGAUGUAUAACGAGAGAAACCAAAAUGGCAACCAGUUUGUAUUGUACCGCGUAACAGAAGUCAUCAAGACGGAGAACCAUAACAUAUUUUAUGCUGUCAAGUACGAAAUCAAGGAGGGAGACUGUCCUGUAAAAAGUGGCAAAACCUGGCAGGAUUGUGACUACAAAGACGCGGAGGAAGCUGCCACAGGAGAAUGCACAGCAACCGUGAAGAAGAGCGGGAGGACGAAAUUCUCUGUGGAUACCCAGACCUGCAGAUUACUCUAGGCUGACGGCCCCGUGGUGACACCUGGGUAUGAAUGCCUUGGCUGCUUCACACCCAUAUCAACUGCCCACCCAGACGUGGAACGGGUUCUGAGACAUGCCAUUGAACAUUUUAACAACAACACUGAUCGUUCCCACCUCUUUUCUCUUAAAGAAGUAAAAAGGGCCCAGAGUCAGGUAGUGGCUGGAUCGAAUUAUGAAGUUACUUAUACAAUUGCACAAACUAACUGUUCCAAGGAGAAAUUGUUCUUAACUCCAGACUGCAAGUCUCUUCUCAAUGGUGAUACCGGUGAAUGUACAGAUAAUGCAUACAUAGAUCUUCAAGACAGAAUUGUUUCCUUCUCCCAGAAAUGUGACCUUUUUCCAGGGGACGAUUUUUUUAUUCCACCUUUCAGCAAUUGCCGUGGCUGCCCCUCAGAACUGCCUGUCGACAGCCCAGAGCUGGAGGAGCCUUUGAAACAUUCUAUCACAAAGCUUAAUGCGGAGAAUAAUGGAAAUUUCUACUUCAAGAUUGACACCGUGCACAGAGCAACAUCACAGGUUGUAGCUGGAAGAAGAUUUUCUAUUGCGUUCACGGCCAAGGAAACCACGUGUUCCAAGGAAAGUAAUAAAGAGUUGACUGCAAGUUGCGAGACCAAUAAACUUGGGGAAGUUCUAGACUGCACUGCUGACGUUGUUGUGGUACCUUGGAUGAACACGGUUGACACUACUGUCAACUGUCAAUCACUAGGAAAGACCUCAAUGCUGAAAAGGCCUCCAGGUUUUUCACCUUUCCGAACAGCAGCAAAGGAGGAAACAAAAGAAGGAACAACUGUAAGUCCACCCCACACUUCCAUGGCAUCUAUACAAGAUGAAGAGCAGGAUUCAGAUCAAGAACAAGGACCCACUCGUGCACAUGGCUGGGGCCAUGGAAAGCAAAUAAAACAUGACCUUGGUCAUGGCCUUAACCAUGAGCAUGACCAAGGCCAUGGGCACCAAAGGGAACACGGCCUAGACCGUGGACAUAAACAUGAGCAUGGUCACGGCCAUGGAAAACAUAAAAAUAAAGGAAAAAACAAUGGAAAGCACAAUGGUUGGAGAACAGAGCAUUUGGCAAGUUCUUCUGAAGAUAGUACUACAUCUUCUGCACAGACACAAGAGAAGACAGAAGGGCCAGCAUCCCUCCCUUCCCUAGCCCAGCCAGGAGUAGCAGUUACCUUUCCUAACUUCCAAGACUCAGAUCUCAUUGCAGCUCUGAUGACUAAUGCACCACCAACUCCCGCAGAGAAUGAUGAUGCUUGGAUCCCUGACAUCCAGAUAGAGCCAAAUAGCCUUUCAUUUAACCUGAUAUCUGAUUUUCCAGAAAUCUCCCCCAAAUGUCCGGGACGCCCCUGGAAGCCAGUUAAUGGAAUGACUCCAACUGUGGAAAUGAAAGAAUUUCAUGAUUUUGAUCUCUCUGAUGCUUUUAAUUAAUUUACGCAGCCAAGGGUGUUUCUUUGACACUUCAUCAUCCCCUCUCCCCAUUGUCCAAAUAUCCUGACAUAAUGCACCCAAAGCCAUGAAGCUUCAAAACAGCCCAGAGAGAAGUGGUGAGACUUACAAUGGGGACACUGUCAAUUUCUGUGGACGACAUAAAAGUGUGUGCAGAAUUCUAAAUCCUUUCUGAGCCUUCCUCACAAGUUUUCUUAACUAGCACAGAAAAUGGACAAAUAAAUGUGCUUUGUGGCCUACUGCAAUUUCCUUUUCUAAUAAUGAAUGGUGUGCCUUAAAACAUAUGUCAUUGAUUUUCAUACAAAGAUUCUUGACAUUGUAAAUAAACUGUGACAUCUGGUUCCUGAACAUGUGAAAAUAAGGGAAGUCAAGAGACUGAACAUUCAACAUUCUAAUGGGGGAAAAAUAAAAACCACCAGUGGUCAAAGAGGGACAAUAAGAAAGACAGAUUGGCCAAAGGGAGGACAGGGGGAAAUAAGUUAAUUGACUUUCUGUUUCCAAAAUGGGCUAGUUAUAUCAAAUAGUUAUUCUGAAAAAGUAUUCUGAGUGAGCAUGUUUCUCAUAAGUCAAUAGUUUGUAUUACUCAUCAACUACUCUUUGCAACAAGGCUUUCAAAUAGGAAUUUUCUGUUUAUUUGUUGCUAAAGUUAGAAAGAGUAAUACUUAGUUUUCAGCAGCUCCCAGUUUAAUGAUAAGACUGGAAAGCAGAUGAAGUAAUGCAGAGGCAGGCUUGCAAAGAAAAUCUUUUUUUAUAACUGACAAGGGAAUCUCAUGAGAUGUGAUACAAAUCUUGUUCAGAAAUUUUAUGAGAAAUUCCUCUCUAGCCACACCUUAUCUUCACAUCACCUUUUUGCUAUGACAUUGAAGAGCACUGAUUUUGCAAAAAUGAACAAUAUGAUUGUCUUUAAUUUCUUUUAAUGUGAGAGAGGCACACAUUUUAUAAUCCUUGCUGUGUUUUGCCUAGGGAAACAAGAUAGGGCUUUACACAGCUACACUUGAGUAUGGAUACAUGUGUCACUGCUACUUCAAUUUGUUGGAUACAUUUGAGUCUCUGAGUUUUUAUUUCAUUUCAAAUAUUAUCUGUAUUUUUAAAUAAAGAACCAAUGAUGUCAGGAAAAAUC